CCUCAGGUACGCACGGAUUUAUUAAACAGGAAGAAAUGAAGACUCCACCAGAGAAUAAUUUUACUGAGAGAAUGCUGAGGAGGAGUUCUUCCAUGACACUUCUACGGCGGAGAAAGAUUUUGGCGGCGAUUGAGGACGAAACGUGCGAUAAUUUACAUGAAACUAUGCACUGCAACAAUAGAAAUUCGUAUAUUUCUUCGUCGUCAACGGGAACAGAUGAGUUGGUGGCGAUUAUUGAGAUGUUGAAUGUAGAAGAGAGAGUGGAAUUAUCUGAGGAAGAAAGUGAGAUAAACUGUGAAAGUAAAGUCAUUGAGGAUCAGGACAUGGAUAUCUUCGAGUCUCCAAAAACUAAGAGAAGAUGUUGCAGCCCGAAUACGAAGUUCACCAGCUUUUCCCCAAUGGCAAAAACCGAGAUCAAGAGUUUGGCGGAUGUUGAUGGCAUUAUUUCAUCGAUUCCAGUAACCAAUAAGGUUAAAGCUCCUUCUGAGGUGGAGGAAUUUCUGGAGAAUGCACUUGAGGAUGAAUUGAAUAAUACAAUGACAAAUGAUCAUUCAAAGAGAGUUCAAGAGAGCGACGGCGAGAGAACUAAUGCAAACCUGGAUGGCAGUGAGUUGAUCUCUGAGGUGAAGACUCCGUUCUAUAAGAGAAUUACGAGAUUCUGGAAUCACGAGAGGCAGAGUAAUUCGUGUAAUGUUGACAGGAUUUCAAAACGGUUGAGAGAUACCAGCACUCUGAAUCGAAGCGAGACCUUUUACAGGACACUAUCGUAUACGAUUAAAAAGAAAAUCAGAGCUGCACUGACACGAGAUAAAUCACCAGAGGUUGCCCUACCUAAUGAGUCCCAGGGUCAACUAGCCUUUGACAAGGAUGCAAUGGACAUGAUUGAGAAUAUUCUGGAGAACAUAAAGAUCCAGCAGGGCAUGAUUGAACAAGCGAGUAAAGCUUUGAGUGCCUGUCGAAUGAGUAAAGAGUUGGCAGGAAAUUCAGAAGAGGUAGAGUCAGAACGAACAACUUAA